AUGCAUUUCUCUCCUUCCUUCACCGUCAUUCUUUCCUUCUCUUUCGCGGCGCUCGCUUCAGCCGCUGCAGUUGAUCGGCGGGCCGCCUUCACCAAACAGAACGGCCUCGACGCGCAGGCUCUGAACGAAAAAUUCGCAACGUUGACGGCUGACUCUCCGUGUACUGACGGGGAGAGUGCUUGUGUCAACGGUGACUUCGCACAGUGCAGUGGUGGUAGCUUCCAGGUCACUCCAUGUGCAGGCGGUUUGACCUGCACUGCUUUGCCGCUGGUGAACUCUCCUGGGACAAGUGUCACUUGUGACACCCAAGCAGAUGCUGAUGCCAGAAUCGCCAGCACAGGCGCCACUGCCAGUAAACGAGAUCUCGGACGUCGUGCCUCCUUCACGAAGCAGAACGGUCUCGACGCACAGGCUUUGAACGCCAAGUUUGCUACCUUGACCGCAGACUCUCCCUGCACGGAUGGGGAGAGUGCCUGCGUCAAUGGCGAUUUCGCACAGUGCAGCGGCGGCAGCUUCCAAGUCACUCCAUGUGCGGGUGGCUUGACCUGUGUUGCUUUACCUCUGGUGAACUCGCCCGGCACAAGUGUUACCUGCGAUACACAGGCAGAUGCGAAUACCCGAAUCGCCAACACCGGUGCUACGACCACUGGCAGCAAACGAUCUCCGUCGUCGCCGAAUCUCAGGCGUCAGACCGCCCCUACCGCGCCCCCAGCCUGUGCCGCUAGUGGGUCCGGGAGCUCGAAGCGGUCCCCAUCUGACCGUAUAAUCAAACGGAUUGCGCAAAGCGAUCUCGGCGCCGUCGCACAGAGCUGGCAGGACCUCUGCAAUGCUAGCGGAGGGGACAUCACGACCGGAAACCCCUGUGUUCAGCUCGCGGGAAUCGACGGGAUUAACAGUCUUCUGGCUAAUGCGGACGCUUGCGCUCAACAGGAUAAUGCCGAUGCGAUGGUUGACUUUGCUAAAUCCGCUGGCGUAACGAACAAGGAUGCUUUGAUCGCGAACGCCGUAGCCUACCGCAAGCACCCAAGGAAUGCCCUAAACAUCAACGGUGUCGUUCCAUCCACGCUGUUCUGCCAGAAGGCUCCGAAGAACGCAGAGUUAAACGGGGUUGUCAACGCACAGCUGGAUGGCGUUGAUCCCGGGUUGUUCGGUUCGCCUAGCGCUGGAAUCAUCGCGUUCGGUGCAGCUGGGACCUGUCCGUUCGGACAGACCGCGGACGUGUCGACUUGCACUUGCAACUGA